AUAAAAUUCCUGCUUUUCAAACUAAAAGACAUUUCUUGUAACCUUACAGAAAGCCCUAAAUCUACACCACAGUGUAAUGGCAGGAAGAAAGAUAAAUGUGGAAAUAACCUGUGGAGGGGGAGGCAAAGGAGAAAAGAGAGAGAAAAAACUACGAGAGCGAAAAUCAAAGUUUCGUCAGGGAAGAAAACGAAAGUCAAAACCUACAAAAGUCAAAGCAAAUCAGAAAGACAAUUCACUUGCCAAUACAAAUAGUGAUACAUAGCAAAUGCCAAAUAUAUAUUAAUCAAGUAAAAAUAAUUUGAUAUUUAAUUGAUAUUACAAUCUUUUUUGAAGAUUUAGGAGUGUCACUGUCAGACAGGAAAUAAAGUGUAUAGAUUAGACCUAGUGCAGUAAAGGUCUAUACAAACAAGAGCCAAAAAUCUUCAUUGACGUUUAUCGUGGCCUAACACAGUCAGUGUUUUGUCAUACCACAUUUUAGAAGGUUUUAAUGAGGUUGAUUUUAUUGAAAUGCUGUGAAAGGAUUUUAAUAUUAGGAAUGUUCUCAAAUUGUGCAUGCUAAGUGAAUGGUUGAGGUUUGUAUUUUUCCUUUAUCUGUAAAUUAUUUUUGAAUAUUUUUUUUGGUUGUUGCUGAAAGAAACUGUUGCCUUUUGGAUCCAUCAGGCAGGGUAGAAAUAUAGUUCAGGUUAGACUCUGUAAAACUUAAUACUGUUGAGUUUUUGGAAAUAAAACUCUCUUGUCAAAUUAUGUCUCCUUUGUCUCAGGCUGAAGCAUGAGAUGUUUUUCAAGUGGUAUUCUGCAUUUUGUUAAUUUUUCUUGCUAUCAAUAUUCAAUGAGGGGUGGAAAGUUGCUAAGCGCUGUGCAUUGUAAAACAUCUGUCAAUCAGUCGAGUUUGAUUGACAUCGGCAAUCUGUUCAUCGCGUCUGUUUGUCAUAACAACACCUGUAAAAGUCAUGUGACCAGCAUUCACUUUCGCGAAAAAGAUGGCGUCGGAGGAAAGUUUGCUUUUUUGCGUUCCAGAAUUCUCUUCACAGGUUUUCUCAGGACUUCACUGUCUGCGAAAAGAGGGAAAGCUCUGUGACAUACAGCUUCGUGUUGGUGAUUUCAAUCUGAGAUCUCAUCGAGUCGUUCUUGCGGCAGCUAGUAGCUACUUCAAUGCAAUGUUCACCGGGGACAUGAAGGAAAGUCGGCAAGACGAAGUCGUGCUGUUUGGCGUUGAAUUUUCAGCUUUGGAGGAUCUCGUGAAUUUCUGCUACACUGGAAGGAUUGAGAUCAAUGUAGAUAACGUGCAAAAUCUACUCUGUGCGUCGAGUUUGCUUCAACUCGCCAGCGUCAAACAAGCUUGUGUCGAGUUCCUGCAUCGUGUUCUUCACCCAACAAACUGCCUGGGCAUUCGUUCCUUUGCCGACACUUACUCCUGCGUAGAUCUUGUAGAGGCAGCCGAUGUUUUCGCCGUGAAGAACUUCUCCGAGGUUGCGAGAAGCGAAGAAUUCUUGACUCUUUCCCCCGAGGAGGUUGUGGAAAUGAUUUCGCGGGAAGAGUUAAAUGUUCGCACAGAGGAAGAGGUUUUCGAAGCGAUUUCAGCUUGGGUGAGGAGAGAGUUAGACGAGCGAAAAGAUUUCCUACCAGAAUUGCUGAAGAACGUCAGACUGCCGCUGAUUAGCCCGCAGUAUCUGUGCGACACAGUGUCUAGCGACGAACUUAUUAGGAGCAACUUGGCUUGUCGUGAUUUGGUAGACGAAGCUAAAGACUACCUUCUCAUGCCUGAAAGGAGAUGCAAGUUGCAGUCAGUACGCACAAAACCAAGAAGAUGCAGUGAGGCGGCAGGGUUGAUUUACGCCAUCGGAGGUCUGACGUCCUCUGGGGAAGCCCUUAGUACAGUAGAGAUGUACGACACUUUGACAGGACAGUGGUUGCCCGGUCUCCCUAUGAGCACCCUGCGUACUCGUGUUGGUGUGGCUGUCCUAGACAACAAGCUGUAUGCCCUUGGAGGAUUUGAUGGACACAAGCGACUUAGCACUGUGGAAUGUUAUGAUCCGCAAUUCCAGCUGUGGAAGGCAGUCACCCCAAUGAAUACACGUCGAAGUGCUCUUGGUGCAGUGGUCGUCAAUGGGAGGAUUUACGUUGUGGGAGGCUAUGAUGGACACAUCUCCUUGAGCACAGUGGAAUGCUAUUCACCAGCAACCAACAGUUGGAAUUUUGUGUCCCCAAUGGGGACACUCCGCAGUGCUGCAGGUGUCACCGAGCUAAAUGGCAAGAUUUAUGCUAUUGGUGGUCACAAUGGGUUAUCCAUAUUUAGCACGGUGGAAACAUAUGACCCACAGACUGACACAUGGGCACAGAGUCCUCCGAUGGGUGUUCGCAGAUGCCGAGUUGGCGUUGCCACCUUAAAUGGGCGCAUAUACGUGUGCGGAGGUUAUGAUGGGAGUGCCUUUCUCAACACUGUAGAGUGUUAUGAUCCCGAGACUAAACAGUGGACCUUCACAGCCCCAAUGAAUACUCGAAGAAGCAGGGUUGCCGUGGUGACACUAGGUGGAAGAUUGUACGCUAUUGGUGGAUAUGAUGGCUUGUCAAAUCUCAAUACUGUGGAAUGUUUUGAUGUGCUGAGUAAUCGAUGGACUCCUGUAGCUUCAAUGGGAAUGCAUCAAGGAGGUGUAGGGGUUGGAGUACUUCCAAGAGGACCAUAUGCUUAACAUAACAUUUUGUUAAAUAUAAUUUUUGUUUAGCAAGAAUCAUUAUUUGCAUAGAAAAGAAUAGCAUUGUAUUACAUUAGAUUAUUAGGCCAAGCUUCCAAAAUUAUUUAUAAGUUUCUUGUUUUGCAAACAAGAGCAGCAGAUGUAGAUUAAUAUUUAAACAUUAUCAUUUUGCAUGCAGAGAGUAGAGAAUGCUGGACUAGUGAAGAAUUUGUUUUACAAACAAAUCAUAUUCUGUUCAGAGUGGUGAUAUUUUUACCAUCAAAAGACAAAAGCAACUUGCAUUUAGCCAAGUUUUGGUUAAAACCAUUUAUAAAUAACAAUUUGCAAGGUACUUAUUUGGUGUUCAAGUAGGCAAUCUGAUUAAAUAUUAAUUGUAUACAUUUUUCUUUGGUCAGAAGUAACAGCAAGCAGCAAGUGUAAAUUAAAUUUCCACCUCUUUCUCUUUUUUGAGAAGUAGGAAGACAUAUCUGAUCAUGUUGGACACACAUUAAAUAAAUUUAUUUCAGCCCCAAGGUAAAAGGAGCUCUUUUACAAUAUAAUUGCAUUUGUCAAAAUUAUCUUAGUUACACCAGUUGCAACACAGUCCCCUAAAGCUAUCAUGCACGCUGAAACUUUCUUUGAAAUUUUUUCAACAACAAACCUUUGCCUAGAGCACUACAUUUAUAGCAAUUAUUAUAAUCAUUUUGUUAUUAAAGAUUUCAGAAAAGAAAUUGUUAGUGAAAGAGAAGCACUAGGUAGGUAGUUUAUAAUAUUUACAACAAAUUAGAAGUAAAAUUGAAAACUGAAAAUAAUUUUGCCAGAAAAUUUGUUCAGUGAAAUGAAGUCAUUUAAUAUUCAAUAGAACAAGUAUAUUCAUAAUUUGUUACAGUAGUUAAACAAACAUUUGAAUAAAUUACCAAUCUAGUUACAAUAUUAUAUAUUAAAGAAAGCUGGUCAAGUAACUCUUUUGGGAAAACCUCAGGUCAUAUCAAGAUCACUUUCAUGUCUUUGACAAGACAGAGAGAAUCAUUUUCAGAAACUGAAAAAAAAAAUGGAUUUAAGAAUUUUUGAAUCAUUGGCUAUUUAAUUUUGGACUACAACAUGGCAACCAUUAGUGACUACAAGUCUUACUGUAGGCUUCUGCACAUUAUACCGUUACUUACCCACUAAAAUGCUUCAACUUAUGCUCUAUUUUCUAACCAAAAUGCUGUGUCUACUCCUCAAAGAGCCACUAAUGCUCGCAGUGCACAUGCUUAUUGCAGUCUUAAUUUUAUGAAUUCAACAUGGUAUGAUUCUUACAUAUAACUAUCAGUCAUCUUGGCAUAGAUGACUGUUUAAAACUAAUUUAACAGGCUAGUUGUAAGUCACUCAUGUUUAUCCAGUGUCAGUUGUCAUUUUCUCUUUAAGAUAUUUUCAGUCAGGCCAAUGUUAUACUUUCAGUAAGUUCUACACUCAUGUAAAUCUUUGAAAAAGAUUAAGGUAUGUCAAAAAUACCAAAAUUACCACUGGUUGCUAGACACUUUCUGUUUAAUCCCACGAUUCUGAACUAACAGAAGUACUUGAAAAUUAUGUAAAUGAAAGAAAUAUAUCAGAAUAGUUUAUCUUGCACAAUUCUAAUAGUAUUAAGAUGUUAUGUAACUGUACUUUUACUUUGAUUAAAUCAGAAGGGAAUCUUCA